CGUCUCUCAGCUAUUCCAUAGCACAAUAUAUAAACCUCCCGGCCCCGCUAUUCUUCCAUUUCCCUCACCGACUUGCCAUCUUCACAUUCUCCUGCUGAGCAGUUCAUUGAAGGCCUUCCUGCAAUUUUUUCCCCCCGAUUUCUCCACACCCACUCACCAGUUUCUCGCGAUGUUCUUGACUCAUCUCGCCAUUGCUUUAGCUACAGCGGCCACCUCCCUUAGCAAUGUGGAGGCGCUAUCCGAUCGCAGCGAAUCCGCCAUGCGCCCCAUGAGCCUCAAAACCAUUCAUGAUGCAAAGAAUAUGGCGCUUCUUGAGAGGUACCAAAUGGGCCGUCCCGGAGCGCAGAUGAAAGCCACCGUCGAAAUUUACGCUUUCAAGUCAUCGGCCACUUUAUCCAAGCGGAACAAUACUGGCGAGGUGCCAGGGAUAACUAAGCCCUUGGACAUGACCCCUUCAACGUGCACCUCCCAAGUCUGCUAUCCUGGCUCUUUCGAAGCCCCCAAGAAAGCCGAUUGUGACGUUAUCGUUGAUGCACAACUCUACCACUCCAUCGGAAGCUUGAGAUCCAAACCUGGGCAAUAUGUUCUUGUCUACGCCGGAACCUGUGUGGUUGUCUUCCAACAUCCCAUGGGCAAGGGCGAUAACAAGUUUACCUUGGAGUACAACUGGGCCAGCUUGGGGAAGAUCAUCCUAGGCAUCCAAAAGCAAUGCAACAAGCCAGAUGCGUUGUCCGUCGGAGGUGUGUGCAAAAUUGAUCACUACUUGAAGUACAAUUUCGAGAAUGUUCUCAUCAGCCUUCAGCGAUACGUUGCGCCGGAAAACCCACAAACGCCAAUGAAGUCAGGUCAGCCAGGGAAGCCAGCAAAUUCGGACAAGUCGGCAAAUUCGGACAAGUCAGCAAAGUCAGACAAGUCACCAAAGCAAGACAAGCCAGCCAAGCAAGACAAGUCAGGAAAACCACAAACCCCGGCUCCCCAGCAUUAGUGCAUUUCCCCUCCUUAAUCUCUUUUCACCUAUUGCGCUUAUUGCGAAUUGUCAGGGAACCGAUAGCCGCUCCUCAUUCUGAGUGGUGUAAUUGCUUGCGGAUUCAGUUAUGAUUUGUUUGUAUGGGUGCGAGCCCGCAAUGUUGUAGUAUUGUGUCUUGACUGUGUCAAUCAACUCAAUGCAAUGUCAUUUGGGAAGACCCCUUUUCUUAUCGGUC